CGCGCACCGGGAGCGCGCUCGGAGGCGAGUGGAACUGGAUCGGGUUUGCUGCCAGCGGCGUGAGCUUCGGCCGCCAUUUUACAACAGCUCCACUCGCGCCGGACACAGGGAGCAGCGAGCACGCGUUUCCCGCAACCCGAUCCCCUCGGACAGGAUUCCUCCGCCGCAGCCCAACGGGGAGAUCUCUGGAAACAUGGCUACAGAACAUGUUAAUGGAAAUGGUACUGAAGAGCCCAUGGAUACUACUUCUGCAGUUAUCCAUUCAGAAAAUUUUCAGACAUUGCUUGAUGCUGGUUUACCACAGAAAGUUGCUGAAAAACUAGAUGAAAUUUACGUUGCAGGGCUAGUUGCACAUAGUGAUUUAGAUGAAAGAGCUAUUGAAGCUUUAAAAGAGUUCAAUGAAGACGGCGCAUUGGCAGUUCUUCAACAGUUUAAAGACAGUGAUCUCUCUCAUGUUCAGAACAAAAGUGCCUUUUUAUGUGGAGUCAUGAAGACUUACAGGCAGAGAGAAAAACAGGGGACCAAAGUAGCGGACUCUAGUAAAGGACCAGAUGAGGCAAAAAUUAAGGCACUGUUGGAAAGAACAGGCUACACACUUGAUGUGACCACUGGACAGAGGAAGUAUGGGGGACCACCUCCAGAUUCCGUUUAUUCAGGUCAGCAGCCUUCUGUUGGCACUGAGAUAUUUGUGGGGAAGAUUCCAAGAGAUCUAUUUGAAGAUGAGCUUGUUCCAUUGUUUGAAAAAGCUGGACCUAUAUGGGAUCUUCGUCUAAUGAUGGACCCACUCACUGGUCUCAAUAGAGGUUAUGCGUUUGUCACAUUUUGUACAAAAGAAGCAGCGCAGGAGGCUGUAAAACUGUAUAAUAAUCAUGAAAUUCGUUCUGGAAAACACAUCGGUGUCUGCAUCUCAGUUGCCAACAAUAGGCUUUUUGUGGGCUCUAUUCCUAAGAGUAAAACCAAGGAACAGAUUCUUGAAGAAUUUAGCAAAGUAACAGAGGGUCUCACAGAUGUCAUUUUAUACCACCAACCGGAUGACAAGAAAAAAAACAGAGGCUUUUGCUUUCUUGAAUAUGAAGAUCACAAAACAGCUGCUCAGGCAAGGCGUAGGUUAAUGAGUGGUAAAGUCAAGGUCUGGGGAAAUGUUGGAACUGUUGAAUGGGCUGAUCCUAUAGAAGAUCCCGAUCCUGAAGUAAUGGCGAAGGUAAAAGUGCUGUUUGUACGCAACCUUGCCAAUACUGUAACAGAAGAGAUUUUAGAAAAGGCAUUUAGUCAGUUUGGGAAACUGGAACGAGUGAAGAAACUAAAAGAUUAUGCUUUCAUUCAUUUUGAUGAGCGAGAUGGUGCUGUCAAGGCUAUGGAAGAAAUGAAUGGCAAAGACUUAGAGGGAGAAAAUAUUGAAAUUGUUUUUGCUAAGCCACCAGAUCAGAAAAGGAAAGAAAGAAAAGCUCAGAGGCAAGCAGCAAAGAAUCAAAUGUAUGAUGAUUACUACUAUUAUGGCCCACCUCAUAUGCCCCCUCCAACAAGAGGUCGAGGGCGUGGAGGUAGAGGUGGAUAUGGAUAUCCUCCAGAUUAUUAUGGAUACGAAGAUUAUUAUGAUUAUUAUGGCUAUGAUUACCAUAACUAUCGUGGUGGAUAUGAAGAUCCAUACUAUGGUUAUGAAGAUUUUCAAGUUGGAGCUAGAGGAAGGGGUGGUAGAGGAGCAAGGGGUGCUGCUCCAUCCAGAGGUCGUGGGGCUGCUCCUCCCCGUGGUAGAGCCGGUUAUUCACAGAGAGGCGGUCCUGGAUCAGCAAGAGGCGUUCGUGGUGCGAGAGGAGGUGCCCAACAACAAAGAGGCCGCGGGGGAAAAGGGGUCGAGGCCGGUCCUGACCUGUUACAAUGAAGACUGACUUGCUAUGUGGGAUUACACCAGAAGCUUGCAGUGGAGUAAUGGUAAGGAAAUCAAGCAACCUUAAAUAUCUCGGCUGUAUAGGAGCAUAUUCUAUUGCAGAAGACCUUCCUGUGAAGAUCAUGGAAUCAAUACGGGACAUUGAACUAAUACUUGGACUUUGAUAUGAAUUUCUUUAACAAUUUUCUCUGCAGUGCAAGUUAUUAAACUAAAGCUACUCUAUUUUCCAAAUGUGUUCCAACAGAAAUCCUUCAUAACUUCUAGCAUGGUAUCUUAAUAAAGAAUAAAGUUCUUUCUCUUUAAAAAAUCUGCUCUAAGUAGAUUUUUCCCCUGUUUUUUUUAAAUUAAGGAUCCCAGCAGUGGUAUUCUGAAAUAUUCUCUUGAAUUUGUGCAUUUAAAUUUUAUUGCAGUGGUAUAGAUGAAUGCCACUGUUGGUAUCCUUAAAUUUUAUUUCUGCUCACCAAGGUUAAUCAUGAUUGUCUAUAUCUUUUUUAUAGUAAUCACUUUUGAAUUGUGUUCAGAUAUGCAGUUUCAGGUGUAAUCAUCAGAGCUGGUUAGUCAGGCAUUCCAGAUAGUGGUUCUUUUCAGAACCUUUUUUAAAGGGUUGGUUAACUACCUCAGUAGCAGAGGAUUGAACUAUACCCUGUCUGUACUGUACAUAGAAAUUCUUUGUAGAUAAAAGCAAGGCUUGUUAAAUAUGAUAUGAGGGUAAGAUUUUAAUAUACCAAAUGUAACAUUCUUAGUUGCCUUUAGUUUCAGAGGCUUGUAAGACUUCCUCAUGACCAUCAUAACAGGCCUUGCUUUUGUCGUAUUUUGUGGCUGAAAAAGCAGCCUUGCUUCUUCAGAUAUUGUAGUUAUUUGGAUGUAUAAUAGUUUAGCAAGAUGUUACUUUUGUAAGACAUCAGAUGUUCAAAAAAAAAGUGCAUCCGAACUUGUACUAAAUACUGCAGUGUCCCUUUAUAAAAAGUCAGACUAAAACUGACAGUUGUACAGCGAAGCCUGACAUUUGGAUAUUUUGAAGUUUUUCAUAAAUCAUAGAAAUUAGUAUAUGGCUGUAGUUUAGCUUUUUAGGUAAAAGGUAUGUUUCAUUAGUGCAUUUCUUACUGCUGAUCACGUAAAAAUGUGAAUCAGCUUUCCAUUUCUUAUGCAGGUCAUGAUAACUUGUAGAGUAGAGUACAAUCAUUUGUGCUAUGUUUUUAAUUUUCUAAAGCACCUUGAUGACAGUGAGUGUUCAGUGGUGAAGCAUCCUCUAUUGAAUCACCCUCAAAAAAAUUUUUUGCCAAGUCCUAAGUUGAUAGCUUAAAGUCAAAAGUAAAUUUAUAGUUUAAUUAGGACUUGGUGUAAAGAAAUCCCUUUUACCCCUUUCCCCAAAGGGAUACUGCAGUUAUAUCACAUACCCAAUAGGCACCACAAUGAAGAUCAGAGCUUAUACUUAAUUAAGGUUUUAUACACACCAGUUCCCCAGUAAUGCAAAUUUAACAAGAAAAUUAGACAUGUCAUAUGUUCAAAAUGCUCAUGGCAAACAAUCAUUUUGCAUUCCUGCAAAUAAAAUUGUUUUAUACUGUAAGCUGGAGGCGAGUGUAACUUAUUUUUGUAAUAAAGUUUUUAUUUUUUUUAUGUGUCAUUAAUAUAAAUGUGUGUUAGAAUAGAAAACUUCUGGUUUAAAAACUUAGAAUUGCACACAUUUCAGUAUGUUUAUUUGUACUUCCAUAAUUUAGAGUAGUGGUUGCCAAUAGCCUGUAUGUUUCACAUUAAUUGGUUUUUUUUUCUUUUUUUGUUACCUUAAUAAACCAUUUUAGUAUGUUGUAUGUCAGUUACUGGGAUAGCUGGGACAUAGAGUGUAAUUUAAAAUUUGUCAAUAAGUAUUCAUUGGAAUAUAUGUAAAUGUGCCUUGCCGGUUAUUGAAACUUACCUACAAAUGAGUAUGGGGUGACAAAAACUUGUUCCUGGUGCUUAAUGAAACUUUCUGCCACUGAUUUUAUAUAUUACCCUGUGCUUUUUUUAAAGUACAUCUCUCUCAAAUCUUAGUAUAAGUUUGAGGGCUACACAAAACACUUACAUUUCAUCUUAACAUAAUAGAUAUGAUAGGGUUGUGGAAAGUGGGUAAACUAAAUGUAGCCUUCAGUAGAAUUGAAGUUCAGUGUAAUCCUUGGUGCUGGCAUUUAUUUCCCAGGUCCAAGGAGUUUAAAUGAUCCCAUCUAAGAGGUCAUUGCCAUGCCUCUUGGCACUUAACUGUCAUACCAUUUUUAAGGGACACUGUCAAGGUGUUUAAGUUAAUUCUCAGAAUUAUUUGUUGGGAUUUUUAGGACAGGUUUGUUUGACUUAAAGUAAGAAUUGCAUUGUUAAAUGUUGAGAAAUGAACACUUUUGUGAGUUCACAAAUGUGUUCUUUAAGGAAACAUUAAAAUAUGGAGCUCUGGAUUUCAAAGACCAUUUGGCAUUCUUAGUUUGGUGAUGUGGGAGGGAAAACAUAUAAAGAAAUUGGAGACGAUAUGGUGAUAUGGGUAACUGGAGAUGAAUUAUAUAUACACUCAAGUGAAAUUACUUGACAGUGUUCAUUUGAAUAACUUUGAAUUCAAGCCAUUAUGAUUACUUUAAAAAUUAUCAUUUGCACUGUUCUGAUAAUGGGUGCAGUUUUUGAGCAAUAUAAUCAGAGCUAAAUAUGCAUGUAGUGAUUAGUAAUGUGAACAAUUAAGUUCUGAGAAGUAAUACUAACUUUUGGUAUUUUCAAACUUAAAUUUCUGUAGUAAAAUCAGUAUCAAACUUAAUCAGAUCAAGGAAAACAGGCAAUGCAUAUAAACAUAAUUUUGAAUGUUGUGUGGCCUAUAAAGCAAUAAUGCGAUUUAUAUGGAAUGUCAUGGGAUAUGAGAAAUGGAAAUGCAAAAAUGACUAAUUCUUCAGUAAAAAUGUCAACAUGUUAAAAGGGGAAUGUUAACUAAUGUAGGUAAUUGCUAUUUGUAAUUUGUUUAUGGGUUCUUGGCUUUGACAGCUUCAAAGAAUGGACAGAUGACAAGUUAAAGAAGUUUUGUAUAUAUUGUCAAGGAAAGGGUCAUAAUUCCAACAGUCAAGUCCCUUCCUUGGGGUGAAAAGUGUAUCCUUAAAGCAUUCUGAUUGUUAAAAGGAAAGUUACCUAACCAAAACAGACGCAAGAUUUUGUUUCUGCAGACUACUUGGCAAUUGAAAGUGACAUAAAUUUAGUUUCACCAGUUUUCAGAAAGUUGCUGUGAGAAAAUUGUGUUAAUUGUAUUCUCUCUCAAGCAUGCUUUUUUGGUAGAAGAUUUUUAGCCAUUGCAACCAGUUACAUGUUCAAAAAUGCAAAAUUGAGCACAAAAAGUUUGUUGCACACUCAUGAUUGCACUUUGUAGCAUCGUGAGAACUUUUUUCCAGAUUACUGCUUAAUCUGACAGCAAAAUAUAAGCAUUUUUUCUCAUAAAAUAGGAGUGACAAAUGGAUUGAUGGAGUGAUAUGAGUUGUUCAUUUGUAUGUUAGAUAUUUGAAUGACAAACACCAAACUUCCCAGGCAAAAUUGACCAGUACAACUUUUUUGACUGCUAAGCCAAAAAUCACUUAAUCAGAAAAGAGCAAAGCAUUACCAUGUUAUUACAAAUACAACAAUUUCUAUUUUAUGAGGAGAAAUAGAAGGGGGUUUUGCAAUGGAGGGAGCUAACCCCUAAAGUAAGUGAUUGCUUGGUUUCUGCAACUUCCCAAGAAUACCCACCAUAAUUGUUCUUCCCAGUGGGUAUACAGUUAAUGAACAACUUACAUGAUAAUAAAACAGACUUGAGGGGUUGGUCUUCAAGGUGUAGUAAUUUACUCAGUAAUCAUACCACUCAAUAGGGCAUGCCACUACUUAAGAUGCUAAUUAUGAACCAUUGCUCAUAAUUUUUAACUGGGCAAAAGAGUAGAUGGACUUUUGAGGUCUGUCACUUUUUAAAAAGUUCUUAAGACAUUGGUUACAUUAACACCACAGUCUGCCUUCGGUAAUAGACCUAAAAUAUUUUUCUGGGCCAGAAGCAUCCAGUUGGAAAAACAACUUUUUUUUGCAAAUACAAAUCAGUAUUAUUACUAACACUGGGUCAAAGAUAGGUUUUUAAUAUUAACAGUAGUCUGAUAAACAUUUAGAAGUCUGACAUUGAGAAACAAAAGCUUGUACCUGAUUAGUAUUUUCAUUAAAAAAAUUAGUUGUGUUUAUUUAAAUUCUUUUACCUUUAUUUAUCCAUAGGAUUUAUAUUUAUUUCAUUCCUUUCAUCUCACUGAAAAGUGUCUGCAGGCCUUUUGAUUUGGAUUAGAUGUGUGAAGUACUGUCGUUCGCCAAAAACCUCAAAUUGUUUUAUUUUUUUUUCCUUCAAAGUAGUGGGUUUGUGCUUGUUUGGAGAUCAGUUUAAAACUCUGUACUAUCUGUACUGCCUCUGAUGUUAAGAUUUUAUGUAUAGCAUAAGGAAGCUAGCUCUGACUAUAUUUUCCUAAGAAUAAAGACCUAUUUUUGUAGCAUG